CAUACCUGUUUCAAGCGAAUGGACUACUUUAUACCUUAAUUAUUGCAAACACCUCCUCUCCCUCUGAGAUCCCGUCAAUUUCCUUCCCCUCAAAGGUUCAAACCCAAAUCCCUAAACCAAACAAAGCGAAAUAAGGAAAAGAAAAGGGAAAUGGCGGCCUCUGUUUACACAACCAUACCGAUCUCAAGCAGUGAAAUGAUCUCAAGAUCAUUCCACAACUUAUCCGUCUUCCUCUCUGUUCGGCGCCGUCCAUGGUCUGAAUUCAUCGCCACCGAUGUCUUCGACAAGCCUGAAUCGUUUGACACCGUUCUUGUCCGCAUCAAAAAGAAUUCAGAGUAUUUCAGGUUAAACUAUGGAUUGCUCGUAUUAGCUUGUGCACUCGCAUCCCUCAUUACAACACCUGUUUCUCUGGUACUUGUAGCUGGGAUAAUAGGUCUAUGGUUGCUUCUCUAUGUAUUUCGCGAAGAUCCAGUUUUUAUGUUUGGGGAUCAACCGAUUAACGAUCGUCUGGUUUUGAUGGGUCUGGUUAUAAUCUCUUUAUUGACCAUUGUCUUCACUGGGGUUUUCCAGACUUUGAUGUUUGGUUUGGGUAUAGGUAUUAUUAUUUCAGCCAUUCACGGUGCUUUUAGGAACCCCGAUGGAUUGUUCUUAAAUGAAGAUGAGGCUGCUUCUACUGGUUUUAUUGGAAGAGGUGGUCCUAAAUACCCAUCUCCAUCAUCAUAAUUAGGGAUGAAGCUGUGUCAGGAGAAUAUCCGUAAUGGUAACGUAUGCAGUAAACUCAAUUCCUCUGGGCGUUGUAGAGGUCGCAACAUGGGGAAAAGCGUGCAUUUUGUUUGUAUGUUUGUGUUUUAUGGGUUUAGAAUUGUGAAGGGAGGGUGUGGUGUUUUGCUUUCAUAACAAGGGGGUUUAUUAUGUUCUUAUUAAUGUAGUUGUUUCUAAUUCUUCUACGGGUUUCAAAUUUCUAUUCUAUUUUGGGAUGGAACUUGCAUUACUGACAAGUAAGUUUGUAUAGCAUUGUUAUUGAAAAGGAAGUUUGCUGGAAAAUAUUAAUUGCUAGAAUUUUUAUUCAUAGAGUUAAAUCAUUUA